AGCAUACAAUACAUGAUCCCGUAAAUUGUUGGGUAAAUGGUCGGGUUCGAGAGAAAAGACCUAAGUCCCUUCCAUGGACCACUGAAACCGAAAGUUGAAAUCGAAAGCUGCAGAAAAGAAAAGCAUCAGUAAAGUUACAACAGCCGUUGUGGAGUAGGAAGUGUAGGACGCAACUGAAGUUGAGUUUCGUCAAAACAGAACUGGAAAUGGACAGCAGCGAAGAAGAAGAUGAUUUCCCAUCUAUUGAAUCGGUCACUCCACAAUCCAAGAUCGACACCAUCUUUCAAUCUAAAACCGAAAAGGGCAUUAGAAAGCUCUGUUUUGAGCUUCUUGAUUUGAAGGAUGCAGUAGAGAAUCUAUGUGGCAACACUCAAUCCAAAUACUUAGCUUUUCUGAGGUUAUCUGAUGAGGUUGUGGAAAUGGAGCAUGAACUCAAUGACCUAAGAAAGAACAUCUCUGCACAAGGAAUCCUCGUACAAGACUUACUAAGUGGGGUCCACCAUGAACUGAGUGAAUGGAGUAAAGCCAACAACACUGAGAAACUUCAAAAAGACACCGAAUUCGACUUCCCAAAUGAAUCACAAGAUGAAAAAAGAUCAUCUUUAGAUAAUAUAGACCUUCUUCUAGCUGAACAUAAAGUAGAAGAAGCCAUAGAAGCAAUAGAAACAGAAGAAAAAAAACACCCUGACCUUAAAACCUCAUCCGAUUCAUUAUCCAAUGAAUUUUCAAAACGAAAAUCUUUAAUUGAAAAUCAACUUGUUGACAUCAUCGAACAAACCGAUUUAAAAGUAGCAGUUUUGGGUCUACUAAAGCUAGGAAAAGGUCCUCUUGCACAUAAUCUUUUUCUCAAAUCAAAAGCUGCCCGACUUCAAAAAAGCAUCCAAAUCUUUCUCCCAUCCUGCCCGUGCUACCCGGAAACAUUUCCCGCCACUUUAUCCAACAUUAUCUUUUCCACAAUCUCAUCAACAACAAAAGAAAUGGGAACAAUAUUCGGAGAUGAUUUACUUUACUACAACCGACUUGUUCAAUGGGCAGAAAGGGAAAUUGAAUUAUUUGUAAAAUUGGUUAAAGAAAACGCCCCUUCUUCAGAAACUGUUUCAGCUUUACAUGCUGCAAGUGUUUGUGUUCAGGCUAGUUUGAAUCACUGCUCAGUGUUGGAAUCACAAGGGCUAAAAUUGUCAAAAGUGCUUUUAGUGCUUUUGGAGCCUUAUAUCGAAGAGGUUCUUGAAUUGAAUUUCAGAAGAGCAAGAAAAUUAGUUUUUGAUUUUUCAGGAAAUGAUGAGAUGUUGCCAUUGUCACCUCGCCUUGCCUCUCCUUUGUCUACUUUUGCUAUAUCUUCUGAUGGGAUGCUUGUUGAUAGUGGGACCCGUUUCAUCUUCAUGGUCAAAGAUAUAGUGGAGCAACUAACGCGCCUAGUCAUCCUACACUUUGGAGGAAAUAUUUUAACAAGAAUUCUAAAACUUUUUGAUCAAUACAUGGAUGAACUCAUAAAAGCUUUACCUGAACCUUCUGAAGAUGACAGUUUAGUGGAGUUAAAAGAAGCUGUACCUUUUAAAGCUGAAACAGAUUCCCAACAACUUGCCCUUUUGGGAACUGCAUUCACCAUUGCAGAAGAGCUGUUACCAAUGGUUAUGUCAAGAAUAUGGAGUGUUUUAAACGAAAGCAAGGAAGCAGGAAAUGACAAUACUGCCCCUCUGUUGAAUAAUGCGAUAGAUUAUAAGGACUGGAGGAAGCAGCUUCAGCAUUCACUGGAUAAGCUUAGAGAUCAUUUCUGUAGACAAUAUGUGUUGAAUUUUAUAUAUUCAAGAGAUGGGAAAACACGCCCUGAUGCAAAUAUUUAUUUAUGUGGUGAUGGUGAUGAUCUUAAUUGGAAUUCUGAUCCUUUGCCCUCCUUGCCCUUCCAGGCAUUAUUUGGAAAGCUGCAGCAGUUAGCAACAGUUGCUGGAGAUGUGUUACUUGGGAAAGAAAAGAUACAGAAAGUGUUGCUUGCAAGGCUAACUGAAACUGUUGUGAUGUGGGUGAUGUCUAAUGAAGAGGAUUUUUGGGGUGUUUUAGAAAAUGAAGUGGCAAAACUUCAGCCACAAGGAUUGCAACAGUUGAUUCUUGAUAUGCAUUUCACUGUUGAAAUCGCGCGUUUUGCUGGUUACCCUUCAAGAAAUGUGCACCAAAUGGCAUCAUCUAUAAUUGCUCGUGCUAUCAGAACAUUCUCAGGCAGAGGUCUAAACCAACAAAGUGCACUGCCUGAGGAUGAAUGGUUUGUUGAAACCGCAAAGGCUGCAAUAAACAAACUGUUGAUGGGAGGUGAUGGGACUGAUACUUCUGAAAUGGAUGAAGACCAUAUAAUCUUACAUGAUGAGGAUGAUGAUGAUGAUGAUGAUGAAGAUGAUGAUGAGUUACAUGAUGAAGUGAUCUCGGAUUCUGAUGGAUCUCCAUCUUCUUUGUCCACAAUUACAACAUCUGAGUCUUUUGCUUCUGCGGAAAGUCAAAUGUUGGAUAGUCUCUCGGACUUUACAGAUCCUGAAUCAUGA